GCCAGGCCGGUCUCUGUCCGGUCGGGGGAUAGGUAGUGUGUAUGUCAGGGACCCCGGCCGGGUGAGCCUGCGUGCCCCAGCGCCGCUCCGGGGCGGCAGAUGCGAGGGAGCGGGACUAUGUCGACCGGCUGCACAGACGCCCGGCUGGAGUGAGCGCUGCGAGCGGGGAUCGGGAGCCGGUUCGGGAGGAAGGAAGGAGGCUCGGGAUCUGGAGAGGAGACUGGCUGAGAAACUAUGGCCGAUGUAGGAACUGCCACCAUCACCACCAGGAUUAAAAAACUGCUGCGUUCCCCUUCGCUGAAGCUGCGGAGGAGCAAACACCACGGCACGGGGAAGAAUAUCACGGACAAGGUGACUUUGGAGAAGGUUCUGGGUAUCACAGUCUCUGGCAGCAGUGGGCUUGCGUGUGACUCGAAGACGGGGUUGGUGGCCUACCCAUCAGGGUGCGUAGUUGUGCUUUUUAAUCCAAAGAAGACCAAGCAGCACCAUAUACUGAAUGGGUCAAGGAAAACCAUCACAGCGUUGGCCUUCUCUCCAGAUGGGAAGUACCUGGUCACAGGGGAGAGUGGGCAUAUGCCCGCCGUUCGGGUCUGGGACGUUGCUGAUAAGACCCAGGUGGCAGAGAUCCAGGAACACAAGUAUGGAGUGGCCUGUGUGGCUUUUUCGCCGAAUGCCAAAUACAUAGUCUCUGUGGGAUACCAGCAUGACAUGAUCGUCAAUGUUUGGGCGUGGAAGAAAAAUGUUGUUGUAGCAGCCAACAAGGUAUCGAGUAAGGUGACUGCCGUGUCCUUCUCUGAGGACAGCAGUUACUUUGUCACCGCUGGCAACAGGCACGUCAAGUUCUGGUAUCUGGAUGCAUCCAAAGCCUCCAAGGUGAACGCCACGGUGCCACUGCUGGGCCGCUCUGGGCUGCUGGGUGAGCUGCGCAACAACUUCUUCAGUGGUGUGGCCUGCGGGCGCGGCAGGAAGGCCGACAGCACCUUCUGCAUCACCAGUUCGGGCCUCCUGUGCGAGUUCAACGAGAGGAGGCUGCUGGAUAAGUGGGUGGAGCUGAGGAACACAGAUAACACCACAACUACAAUGGCCAAUUGCUUGUCAGUCAAUGAGGACUUCAUCUUCUGCGGCUGCGCGGAUGGCACAGUACGGCUGUUCAACUCCGCCAACCUUCACUUCAUUGCCACCAUGCCCAGGCCGCACCACCUGGGCAUGGACAUCGCAGCUGCCACGGAGCCCAGCCAUUUAUUCACAAAUAGAGCAGAUGUCAAGUACCCAGACACCAUCGCACUGACCUUCGACCCUACAAACCGCUGGCUAUCAUGUGUGUACAAUGACCACAGUCUGUAUGUGUGGGACGUGAAGGACAUUAAAAAAGUUGGGAAGGUGUACUCUGCCCUCUACCAUGCAUCCUGUGUCUGGAGUGUGGAGGUUUACCCGGAGGUAGAGGACAGUAAUCGGGCAUGCUUACCACCGUGCUCCUUCAUCACCUGCUCAUCCGACAACACGCUCCGACUCUGGAACACCGAGAGCUCCAGCAGCCAUGGGACCUCGCUGCAUCGGAACAUGAUAAGCAACGAUUUGCUGAAAAUUCUCUACAUGGACUCCAACAUGUUGGCAUUGCUGGAUUUGGAGAACAGUUCUGUAGGUGGUUCUGAUAAGCAGGAUUCCCAAGCUACUGACCUGAAGACGGGGAUCAGGACACUGUGUGUGAGCCCCGAUGGACAGCACGUGGCAUCUGGUGACCGGGUGGGGACUCUGAGGAUCCAUGAUCUCCAGCUGCUCAGAGAGCUCCUUCAGGUUGAGGCCCACGACUCCGAGAUCCUGUGCCUCGAGUAUUCCAAGCCAGAAACCGGCAUGAAAUUGCUGGCAUCUGCCAGCCGGGAUCGACUGAUCCACGUCCUGGAUGCGGAAAAUGACUACACCUUGCUGCAGACCUUGGACGAACAUUCCUCCUCCAUCACGGCGGUCAAGUUUACAGCUAAUGGAGGAAGUGUCAGGAUGAUCACCUGUGGUGCAGACAAGAGCAUUUACUUCCGGACCGCACAGCAGUCUAGUGAAGGCAUUCAGUUUACCCGAACUCAUCACGUAGUUCGAAAGACAACAUUGUAUGACAUGGAUGUGGAUUCCACGCGGAAGUACGCUGCUGUUGGGUGCCAGGACAGGAGCAUUCGAAUAUUUAACAUUAGCAAUGGGAAACAGAAGAAGCUGUACAAGGGAUCUCAGGGAGAAGAUGGAACGCUGAUCAAGGUUCAGAUUGAUCCAUCUGGGCUAUACAUCGCGACCAGCUGCUCUGAUAAGAAUCUUUCCAUUUUUGACUUUUACUCCGGCGAGUGUGUUGCCACCAUGUUUGGACACUCAGAGGUUGUUACAGGAAUGAAGUUCACCAAUGACUGUAAACAUUUGAUCUCCGUGUCGGGAGACAGCUGUAUCUUCAUCUGGCGGCUAAGCUCCGAGCUGACCAUCAACAUGAGGCAGAGACUGGCCGAGAGCAAGCAGAGGGAGAGAAAGCAAACCAAGAGCCCUCCACGAAAACAUUCCACCCCAAGCAGAGAAACGUUUGAUGUGGCUGCUCAGACGGCCAUGUCCUCUGAUAGUGAGAAGGAGGCUGAAGAGGACGUAAACGAGGAUGAAGAAGGCCAGUGUGAGGGUUCAAGGCCCAUUACACCAAAACGGGGCUGCUCAGAGGGACGGAACGAUAUCUCUACAGGCAGACAUUACACUGGGAGUAUGAAGAGUCUGAACCUCUGGGACAAUGGGGAGACAGCGGACCUGCCAAAGAGACUGGAUUCGGACAACAGUCGUGCCCCUCGGCCUCGGGGCCGCUGGUCCCAUCAUGUCAAUAACCUGGACCUGAGUGUGAAGUCAAUGCUGGACCUGCGACACUUGCACUCCUUCUCCUACUCACCCCUGAUGGACCCCGUCUCCCAGGCGGAAGCCUCGCCUCUCAGGAGCAGCGUGUGCGGCCUCCCCACUGAGCAUGAACGCAGGCUGCGGGUCAGCGUAGAAACGCUGCUGAGUGACAUAGAGGAGCAGGAGUCGACGCAUGCACAGAGCUCUUCCUCGGUCAGGCCCAGCAGCAUCGCACUGCCGUUGGGUGAGGUUGGCGAUUUCGGCCAGGAUCUGGAGACUCCAGAGGUUGAAGAGUGCGUCAUAUACCCUGUACACACAGAGAGUGUUGCUGAGACUGAGAGUGAGUACCAGGUGAAGGAGCUGCAGAAGGGGAUGCAGGAGAAGGAUUACUGCAGCCACGGCCUGGUGGAGAAACACAGUCCGGACAGUGCCUGUUCCGUGGAUUAUUCCAGCGGCCACUUCUCCAGCCCGGAACAUCCACAUGAAGAUUCCGAAUGUACAGAGCCUCUGAGCGUGGAUGGGAUCUCCUCCGACAUGGAAGAGGAAGAGGAUGAGCUCAGCAGGAGCUUCCCACGGGAGACAGUUGUGCCGAGAACCCCGGAUCAGGAAAAGUUCCUGAAACAGCAUUUUGGGACCUUGGCGGAUGAGGGUGUUGGAGUGAAAGCUGACCACUGGCUGGAAAAGCCAAAGUCACUGUCGGUGGGAGACACUGAGGAACUGCUAAACCCUCGACUGAGCAUUUCUGCGAGAUUCCUCUCUCGAUCGUUAACUUCAAGUUUCAGGAACUCGCCAACUCAUACCUCCAAGCUCUUGCAGAAUGGAGAGGUCGGACCCAUUCAGUUGACAGUUCCUACCUCAGAGCCGGAAGGGAAGGAGGUCUUCACGGUGAAGAGAGAGAGCAGCAGGCAUGAGCUUCAGAGGCCAGAGGAAGCAGUAAAAUACCAGAAACACCCUGAUGAACUUACGGCAAACCUGAAUUCAACCCCAUGUAAAAUCUCAGUGAAAACCUCACCCCGAACGGAAUCCAGUCUUGUUCCAACAUCUGUCAGAGCAAUACACACCCAGAGAAAACGAAGCCUGGCUCUGGAGACACGGAAAGUAUCUGUGGUGUCAGUAAAAGGACAGUCUUCCUCAGCACUUCCCAGUCCAGCUGCAUCGCCCAGUCCAUCCAUCAGAAAGUCCCAAUCAGUCCAUGACUUGAUUCAUGAAGUUUGCAUAACCAAUACAACGCCUGCUGCGGUCACAACUGCAAAGCUGUGCCCCCACUCAGUGGCCGCCCCUGAGAAGGACGCCAGAACGAGCCAGCGAAGGACCACACCCCCUGGGUCCAGCAAAGUGGACGUCCCGUCAUUACCACUGGCAAAGGAAAGCGCUCAGGGAAAGACCAUGAAACAGAAAUCCUACAUGAACCCCACCACCAGCUCCAUAGCCAAAAUGUCCCGCAGCGUUUCAGUGGGAGACAGCCUGAACCUCACUGGGAAUGGCGAGGAUCCAUCGAUUGUGGAAAGCAGUGCCAACGGUCAACCUCUGGAAUUGUCGCCCAAGUCUUCGCCUUUAAUUAACACGGACAUAGUGACUGAAAUCUCCCACAAACAGGAAAUGACAAAACAGAACUGGAGAGAGACUGCAAGCUCCAAGCCUUUGUUGCAGCAGUCUGCAAGUUCAGCAGUGUCCCCUACUAAUAACUCUCAGCCUAAGCUAAACCUUGGCACAAGGGCCAACUUGUUCCUCGAUCUGCCCAAGCCGCUGCCUGACAAACCUUCCUUGGCUUCUUUCUCACCACCCAUCAAGUUGAAGGCUUCAUGUCUAUCAGAGUGCAUCCGACUGCCAGAUUUACCGGGAGGAACAAAAUGGAGCUCUUUGGCAGGCAAUGUGCCCGACACACACAGGGAAAUCCAGGAGAAGAAGGGCGACACUGCUCCCACACCUGGACAGGAGGUGGCUACUCCCUCAACUCCAUGGGCCUUAGCCCAAAGUCCCCAGGAGACACAGGGAGUUAAAUCUCGUCAGCCAGCAGCUUCCCAUUGUCCACCUGCAUCCAGGUUUGGCAGACUGCAGAAAGAACCCUCGGACUCUUCACCCAGAUUUCCAGCCGCAAGUGGCCAGGCUGUAGGUAUAGCCACAGCAGUAACCCACCCUUCGUUAUCUGAAAAAUCCAUUCCAAAGGAUGCAGGUCCAACAGUCAGCGUUCAGAGCUGCAAACUCCUGGUGAGUGAGCUACACAGCUGCCUACAGAGGGCCCUGAACCUGUACCGGACGGUAACCAGUGAUAAAGACCCCUCCGCUGAGAGCUGUCAGGUCAAUGCCGUUCUCUCCGAAACAUUUUCCUCUGUGAGGAAGGAAUUGGACUGUCUUCUGUGGCCAGGCACAGGCCCCGAGCUACCUUCCCAAGGGCCAGGCCACAUAUCUAACCAGGCCAGUAAUCCCCCAGUGAGGGGGCAGGGCUUUGAAGACAAGAAGAUGCUGGCUCUGCUGGAACAGUACUCUGAACUCUUACUGCAGGCUGUGGAACGAAGGUUAGACCAGAAACUAGCAGCAGGGAGGCAAGAUGCAGAGCUGUGAAGCCUACAGUACACAGUGCAAUCAUUGGCUUGCUCCUAACCCCUCCACAACCAUAUCAACAAACACAGUCUUUCUACUGGAUCACCCUCCCAGCUUCCUGAUCCCAAGGAACAUGGGUCUGGUGUCUCAGUACGGCCAUUCUUCCUACAUUGAUUUGCCAAUUAGUCUCCUGCGCGUCUGACCCUGUAAGGCAGAGUUAAUGGCUCCUCAGCAGUGCCCCUUACCACACUCUCCCCAUUUGGACCCCCACCCUCCAGUAGAGCCUGGAGAGAGAUGCAAAGAGCUCCUGCCUUGGCCUACUGGCAAGUCUGGGAGUCUGGUGAUCCUUGGGCAUGAGGGAGACCUGUUUUACUUUGUCACCCAGAGAAUGAACUGUAAUGACACACGUCACAGAUGUGGGAAAGCUGAGGCGGAAUGAUGCAAGUGAUACGUUGUCUCCUUCAGUCUUGAGAUGAGGGUUAGGUACCUCUCUUUUUCCAUUUCCCAUCUGCUCUGCACUUCCCUUUCAACCCCUCUUGCAUUCCCGGUAUUCCCCCCCCCCCCCCCACCUGAGCAUCACUCUGGAACAGUGAUUACUGUUGUGUGAACCCGGAUAUGAACGGGAAGACUGUAACAGUCAGACUGGCUGCGGCCACCAAAACUUUGCUGACGUUCCCCUUGAGGAGAGAGAAAGCUGAUGACGCAGUAUGUGUUGGACAAAUUCCUUACCACCCAUGACAUUAAUUCACAUUCCUGUAGGACAGACCAUCGACUCUUACCUACUCCUUCCCUCUUCCCCUGCUGCAACAAUAAUGUCUUAUUUACCAAAACACCAAUGUCUGCUUAUAUCUUGCUGAAAUCAGAAUCAAACUGCUGAAGGGUUUCUUCACCAUGAGCAUGAUGUGCUAGCACGAUCUCCAUCUACACUUUGCUCUGUGAGAAAUGCUCUCUGUCAGUCACUAAGCCGUGAAAUUCAGGCCCCUCGGGCAGACUCGUCCUGAGCUGUGCUCCCUUUGAGAUCCCAGCCCUCUAAUGUUUUCCAGAAGUUAUUGCCCCAUCACAUUCCCCAAGAAUCAUAUUCCUUUAAGUUUAUUGGUCCAAAACACUGCUCCUGAAUUGACUGCUGAAUCAUUACCCAAAAUUCGCCCUCCUCCACAUUGCCCCCAAAUUCACCCUCCUCCACAUUCCCCCGAAUUCACCCACUUCUACAUUCCCCCUGAAUUCACACUCCUCCCCUUUCCCCAAUGGAUAUCAGGCUGUGUUCAGAUUCAAGGGGGAGCUGAGUGGUGUGGCUUCAGUACCAGUUGAAGAAUAGAGAUGCCAUUUGUGAUAUCCUGUAGCAGAACGGGGAACUGCAGUGGUGUGACCUGUGUUUGAUCAGUGGAGCAAAAUGACACAGCUAACUAAUGCCUUUGAAUUGACCUCUGUGGUCCUUUUGGGAUGGAUUUGCUUGGAGUGUAGACCAAGAGUGAGCAGGCGUGUGAGAAGUGGAGGAAAGCUCUUCAGCCUUGGAUUAUGGACGAGAACUCUCAAACCCCGGACAGGAACAUUAUGCGCGUAGAGAAAGUUACCAGAACUUUAGAUCGUUGACAGUAAUCUCCUAAAGUCUGGACAGGAACCACAAGAAUGGAUAGCUGGAAACAUUCAAACUCCAGAGAGGAGUCUGAGAAUGUGACAAGAAUCUUCUUACCCAAACCUUGGCAAAAAGGAAAUGUUAUCUAAGGACAAAGUCUUUCAUAGUGUUCUGUACAUUCCUGAUGGGCAGGAGCCUUAUUUCUUUGCUAUUCCUGACCUUUUAGUAUCUCCUUGCACUCUAUGCUCCCUCAGGAAGAUGAUAAUGCAAAACUUUACUACAUCAAUUAAGAGAGAGCUUCGUUUUUUUUCUACAAGAAACGAAUCUCCAGUACUUUGCUGUGUGUGAUCUAAACUGUGAGGUCUCUGCACAUCAUUGAAAGAACUUGCACCUGGUUGUCGGAAUCCCUCAGCAGAGGUCACUGGCUUUUUUCCUUCCGUACAAGAAAUGUCAAUUAAAAAGACCAGAAUUGAGAAUAGACAAACUUUGUUUUUCUUUUUGUAAAGACUUUUUAAAAAAAUUAACUUUAAAAAAAAAACUGCACAUUACGCAGAGACUUCGUACAAAUGUUCAAAGAAGCUGCAUGCUUUUGGAGAAGUGUUUCAAGUAUUAAAAACUGCCUUACCUGUGUGUGUAAAGAAAUCGCGUGGUGUGAUAUGGAGCCGUGGAUAUCUGGAAGGAUCCGUGUGACCCAGAUUCCAGCCAGGCAGUGGUGGAAGAGGCAAAAAAUGCCAUUUCCCUCUGUUUUGCCAGGCUGGGGAAGAUACAGGUCAAUGCUUGCUGGAGAUUGGUGCAUGUUAAUGCAAGGGCUGUGACCCUCGGUCACAGGGGAAUUGGACCAACCGGUGUCAGGGUGUACGUGUGAAGAAUGGCCACAAGGAAGUUAGCAGCUUGGGACCAGCAACCAUUUUUUAUCUGUUUUGUGAAAUUCAAUGUGAGCAUGGUGGCAUCCACCCUUUGGUACCAGCAGAGUCAGUACCUUCUCUCACAAUUACCAGCAGAGUUGGUACUUUCUCUCUCAGGUACCAGUAGAGUUGGUACUUUCUUCCUCAGGUACCAGUAGAGUUGGUACCUUCUCCCUCAGGUACCAGUAGAGUUGGUACCUUCUCCCUCAGGUACCAGCAGAGUUGGUACUUUCUCUCAGAUACCAGCAGAGUUGGUACCUUCUCUCACAAUUACCAGCAGAGUUGGUACUUUCUCCCUCAGGUACCAGUAGAGUUGGUAUUUUCUCCCUCAGGUACCAGUAGAGUUGGUACCUUCUCCCUCAGGUACCAGUAGAGUUGGUACUUUCUCUCACAACUAGCAGCAGAGUUGGUACUUUCUCCCUCAGGUACCAGUUGAGUUGGUACUUUCUCCCUCAGGUACCAGUAGAAUUGGUACUUUCUCUCAGAUACCAGCAGAGUUGGUACCUUCUCUCACAAUUACCAGCAGAGUUGGUACCUUCUCCCUCAGAUACCAGUAGAGUUGGUACUUUCUCUCAGAUACCAGUAGAAUUGGAACUUUCUCUCAGAUACCAGCAGAGUUGGUACCUUCUCUCACAAUCACCAGCAGAGUUGGUACCUUCUCCCUCAGAUACCAGUAGAGUUGGUACUUUCUCUCAGAUACCAGUAGAAUUGGAACUUUCUCUCAGAUACCAGUAGAGUUGGGACCUUCUCUCUUAAUUACCAGUAAAAUCGGUGCCUUCUCCCUCAGAAACCAGUAGAGUUGGCACCCUCUCUCUUGCUUACCAGUCGGGCUUUGUAUUCUCCUUUCCAUGGUGACGGCUGACUUUUCCUGAAUGUGCCAAUGAUUGGGGUGCCUUCUCCCAGCGGUAUCUGCUGCCUGGGAUUUGCUCCUGAUAAAUCUGUAACAGGUCUGCUACAUGGGGUCUUAUUUAUAAUUUUUUAAUUGUUGUAGUCACUCAAUCAGAGAAGCUCCGGGCUUACAAUGUAACAAUGGAGUAGUGUGGGUACUGUAAUCCCAAAUUUUUUUUCCGUGGUUGAAAUGUGAAGAACUAAAGAGACCUCCGAAGAGACUGAAUAUCUCUUAUAUCUGCAAGGUGAAGGACCAGGGAACAACUUUUGUGUGCAUGAAGAGUUUUUGCAUGGUGCAUUUGAUAUACACAUGUUGAGAGUACAGAUGGUGCAUGCUGAGAGUCUUUUUCAACUCUAAUAUCUUUGAAUCAUUGUUCUUUAAGAUUAAUUUGUACCAAUGUAUUUUAUAAUGAAAGCAAUGUUUCAUUUCUACAGUGGGUUACCAAACUAAUUUUUAAGCUGGUUGUUGUGAAUGUGUUUUAUCUCUGUGUUCCUUGCACUGUAAGUGAGUGUUUUUUUAAUCUGGUUUUUGUUUCCAACUUGUACAGCUUGUUGUUCAUGAAUUAAAUAUUUGCAAUAAAAUCCCAAAAUUUGGGAGAAAAGAUUUGGAAGAAUUCUUGUUGAAGUGAA